UCCGGUUGUCCAAAGUUAAUUUCUGGUUACGCCGCUGUGAAGGCUGCUCUACCUCGUCUCAACCUUUAGCUUUUUUGUAAAAAGGACCGAAAACAACUAUCUAUUUGUAGCAAAUAUUUAAUACUGUUUAACUUUACACAACAGUUGUGUGUGCGUGUUACGUCGCGUGACUUAUUUAGUCGUUUUUUGGCGUUUCUGUCGCCAAAUAUCUUUCGGAACUUGCUAGCGUUAGCCCAGCGGUUAGCCACCAUUCAUCUGUCAGAGAAAAAGUCGACUGAUCGAUAUCAAAACUAUGGAUCAAGCAGGAAUUACAACAGAAACACCAAAAAGCCCGUGGGGUUCGGUGGCCCCGGCAGCUCCCGCCUGCUCUCUGACUGAGGUGAUGAGUGAACAGCUGGCCAGACAACUAGAUGAAGAGAAUAACGUCUUCCCCUCUCUGUCAGAUCCUGGAGCCGAUCUGCUCCAGUCGGACGACGUUCCCGACACGACCAGCGACCUGAUGCUCGCCCAGAUGCUGCAGAUGCAGUUUGACCGCGAGUCUGACAACCAGCUCCGCCGCGAAGAGAAGAAAUUCAACGGUGACAGCAAAGUGUCCAUCUCCUUCGAGAACUACCGCAUGGUGCAUCCUUAUGAGGGCAGCGACAGCUCUGAGGAUGAGGUGGACUGGCAGGACACAAGACACGACCCCUACAGAGCUGAGAAGCCUCAGGUCACACCCAGGAAGGGCUUCACAGGGAAGGGCAAGAACAUCACCACCAAGCACGACGAGGACACCUGCGGCCGAAAAAACACAGCUCGUAUGGACAAUUUUGCUCCAGAGGUGCACGUCGGCGACGGUCUGGGGAUGGACCUGAAGUUGUCCAAUCAGGUGUUUAACUCCCUGAAGCAACACUGCUACAGCGAGCAGAGACGUAGCGCCAAACUGCACGAAAAGAAGGAGCACUCCACCGCCGAACAAGCCGUGGACCCUCGCACUCGUCUGCUGAUGUACAAGAUGGUGAAUUCUGGUGUGCUGGAAAACAUCAACGGCUGCAUCAGCACCGGAAAAGAGUCGGUCGUGUUCCACGCUGAUGGAGGAAGCCUGGAGGAGCAGUCGGUCCCUCAUGAGGUGGUGCUGAAAGUCUUUAAAACAACGUUGAAUGAGUUUAAAAGCAGAGACCGCUACAUCAAAGACGACUAUCGCUUCAUAGAUCGCUUCAGCAAGCUGAACCCGAGGAAGAUCGUCAGGCUGUGGGCCGAGAAGGAGAUGCACAACCUGACCAGGAUGAAGAAAGCGGGGAUUCCCUGUCCGGAGGUGGUGCUGUUGAAGAAACACAUCCUGGUGAUGUCGUUUAUCGGUAAAGACCACGUUCCUGCUCCUAAACUCAAAGACGCCAUCUUGGGCUCAGAGGACAUGAAGAGUGCCUACCACCAGGUCCUACAUAUGAUGCAGCAGUUGUAUCAGGAGUGUAAUCUGGUUCACGCUGAUCUCAGUGAAUACAACAUGCUGUGGUACGAAGGGAAGGUGUGGCUGAUAGAUGUCAGUCAGUCCGUCGAGCCCACUCACCCUCACGGUCUGGAGUUCCUCUUCAGAGACUGCAGGAACGUUUCCACGUUCUUCCAGAAGAGAGGUGUGAGCGAGGCCAUGAGCGUGUACCACCUUUUCAAUGACGUCACUGGACUGAACAUCCCUGUUGGCGCUGAAGACGAGGCCGAGUUCAUGGCUGAGAUUGUGGCGUUGGAGAAGAGGAACGAGGAUCACGUGCAGAGACGAGGAAAGAAAACCUUCCCGGUGUUCUCUGAAGAUGGCGGGCCUCCUUUAAAACCCGACGCCGACGAUUAACAUGAUUUGCUGUCUAAUCCCACCGUGUCGAAAACCCCGAAAGGACGACAUGAACAGCAGAGGAGGCCUCUGGUACCUCCAACCCUCUUCAUCCUGCCCCUACAAGCCCCGCCCACCACCUCCUGUAAACGGGUGGGACAGAGCGCCUCCUCCUGGCUGCAGGGGGAGCGACUUCACAUUACUGGAUCAGAGCCGGCUGAGAGGCAACAAACCGGUUUUGUGACACCGUGACCGCGUCAUAUCCUCCUGCUUUGAUUAGUGUGUCUGUUUGUAAUAAUUAUAACACAUGAAGCUUUUCCCACAGGACCUCCGGUUCCAGCUGAGCUUUGUUCAAACAUUUUAAAUUUGGAGGAAGAUUUGAGUGAAAUUAGCUUCUGUAGCUUUAGCAGGAGCAGAUGACAGGAAAACGUGCGUUCUUAAAGGAUAUAAACCUGAAACGUGGUCAUAAUCCUCAGAGUUGAUGUAAACUCCAGACCAAAAGUAAUUUCAUCAAAACUAACAACAGAUUAGAAACAAAAUCACCUCCAAGAUGUUUGAAGCUGGAUGAUUGGAGAUCUACGAAGUCUCUGCUUUAAUGGUGGAGAAAGAUGCUAAAACCUGAGACGUGUUCAUGUUUGCUCUUUCUAGCUUUGCUUUUUUGUUUUUGUGAGUGGGGUCAGGAAAACGGGGAAAAUUAAGUGUCAAAGAUUUUUAAAAGGAUGAGAGACGAGUUUCUGACGUCUUUAAAUGUGGAAAAUUAUGACGUUUGCAGUGAGAAAACUUAUGUGCAUUUUAGAUCAGAGAAGUCUGAUUAUUGUGACUUUUUUGUCAAGAAAUGUAAAGAUUACAUUUGUUUUUAAGGUGCACAUCCUUAUGAAAUCAAAUGGAAAAUCCAGUUGGUUUUUAUUCUAAAAGAAAUUAAAAACUUGAUUUAAACAUGA